ACGGAAGCCGGCGGAGGACGCCGCCGUUGCCACGCGACGGAGCGCUUCCGUGGUUACCGCGGCGGAGAGGCGGGGGCGGCCGCGGGGAGCAUGAAGCCGCCUCGGUGUCUGUGUGAGAUUUGUACCUGCGGGCGCCAUCGCUGCCCUCAUAAACCCACAAGGAUUUAUGAUAAUGGACAACAGCCAUGCCUCACAACAGAGUAUGUGGAAAAAUACCCCAAGUACAGCAACAUCUCUGCUCCUCGGAGCCUUAAGCCGAAACAAGAGUACCAAGUGCAUCGUGGGAGAAUGGAAGGAAUUACAACAUUUAAAUCUGAUUAUUUACCAUAUGAUAUUGUGAAGCGACCUUUUCAGGUACAAGAAGAACAUAAACCAAAGACGGGAGAGAGAGAACUGGGAACCACAUACCAGAAAGAUUAUAAUGCUCAUAAAAUACAACCAGUGACAUUAGUAAGACCUCUAGAGAGAAAACACACUACAGGAGGAAAAUUGGAUACCAUACCAACCUAUCAAGAUGACUAUAGGUCAUGGGAAGUUCAAAGAAGGGAACCUAGUAAGGUGGAGCAUAUAUACCACCCACCUACAGAGAAGUUUGGAAAUUCUACUACGUUUCAAGAUGACUUUGUUCCUAGGGAACUGAAUCCCAGGCAAAGUUUUAAACCUCCUUGUGUAGCCAAGCUUUCAGAUGUGCCUUUUGAUAGUACUACUAGCCAUCGCACUUCUUAUAUUGUUCAUCAACUGGAACCAAAAUUCAUAAGAUCAAAAGAACAGUACAAGCCAAGCGACCAACCCUUUGAAGAUCUCACAACCCACCGGAAUGAUUUUAAAGGGCUACCUGGGCAACUUGCAAAAAGCUGCAAGCCUGAAAAUGCAAAAGUCGGAUCCAAUGCUUAUUUUAAUGGAGUCACUGAAUUCCAGGAUCGUUUUCAGCCAUGGUUGGUCUCCUUGCCUGAGGUGCGCAAAAGAAAAGAGUACGUUCCACCCCCAGGCAACAUGGAUUUUAACUGCACAAGCCAUCUUGAUUACAUUAAGCAUGACAUUUCUCCUGCUGUCUCCAUAAGACCAGUUUCUAAUAGGAGAAGAACCAAUGCCCCUUUUCAAGGGAAUACUACUACAAAAGACGACUUUAAAGCCUGGGGCAGCUGUCGGCAAGAGAUUACUAAGAAACAACAGGAAAUUCCAAGACCCACAGGAAAAUUUUAUGAUUUAACUACAUUCAAAUCUCAUUACAUACCACAUCAGAUCAUUCCAGCUCAAAGUUUCAAGCCUGUACAUGCUGUAGUUCCUAAUUCAGCUCCUUUUCAAGAUGAAACUAUGUAUCGCACAGAAUAUACUCCAAAGAAACAAGAGAUCUGCCCAGCAAAUUAUCCAUCUCCUCCAGGUUAUGUCUAUGUAAACACAGAUUCUCAUGGUCACAAAUUCUUCCGCCAGCUUACUCCAGAAUUUUCUGAGUCAAAUAGUAAUCCUAUUCCAAAGGAAGUAGCUGUUGUGUCAUAAUACUUAAAUGCAGUAUUUCAAGCUCCCUGGUGAAAUAAUUGGAAUCCUACUUGUUAAUUUUUUUCUUUAAAUAACACUGAAAGCAAAUUAAAUAAUGCAAAUUCUGCUUUUAAAAGCAUUAAACUGAUAGCUCGAAGAAAAUCAAAGCAAAACCAGAUGUUUAUUACAAGACUAAUAAAGAUUUGCCAAUUUUUAUAGGAAUAAUACACCCUACAUGGCAUCUAUGCUUUUUUUGAUCAUACAUUCCAGUUUCCUUGACUUCCCAGAUUUCAUUAUGCUCCAUCUCAAGCAUAUGUAUUGUACAUUUAAUUCUUUCAGAUUUUCUGCAAAUCAAAUGAUUGUAUUUGCAAAAUAGCAAGUAUCUUUCGAUAACUUCUUUUUCAUAGUAAGCAAAUAAUGCUAUAAUAACCUAAAUAAUUAAUUCAUCAGUCCAGUUUUUCAUCUCAUCAAUAGUUCAAGUAAUCUGAUAAGAAGAUUUUUUUUUUCUUUAGAUUUUGCUGCCCAAAUCAUAAGAUAGCAUCCCAUGACACCUAGGCAUUUCUAAAACCUGGUUUUAGCUUUAGUCAUCAUUACUUUUCCUUCAUUCAGUUCUGAGGAGAGUAUAAAGGUCACACUGUAAUUUCUGAUAGCAAUUAACAUGAAGUACCCUUGCUCUUUUUCUGUACACAUACUUGAAAUCGCUCAGACAUAAAAAGCAGGUCAUCAGACUCUGUUUCUUAAUUUCCCUGAUAGUGCUUUUUUAGCCUUACUUCCAAAGGAAACAAAGCUGAUGCAAAGCUUUGGACACACCGACACAGUUAAGUGUGUCCUCCCCACCUGAGUAAUUUUUAAACCCAGUGUGCAAAUUCAACCAUAUUUCACAAAAAGAUUUCACAGAUUAUUGGUUUUCGAGUUUCUAAGGUAGAUGGUGAGGAAGCAGAGAGAAUCAGGCUCAAAAAAUUAACAUCCAUCCACUGCAGGUUUUGAUCCUGCUAUCUGAUUUUUUAAAGCUAAACAGCCUGUUAUCACUGCCAAAGUUCACCGCAGAGGCAGUCUGAAGGGGAAGAUGGCAGAAAACUAUAAAGGUGUAUGUAGAGAUAACAGAAAAUAGUGUAAACUCAGUUAAAAAAAGAAAUAUCAGCCUAGAUGCAGAAAUCUCUAGACAGCCUGGCUUCAGUCUGUCUGCUCUUCAAAGAAUUACUUGUUACAAGUACACAGAAACCAAAGUUUUUUUAUAGAAAUUGUACAUGGAAUGAUUAUGCUUCUGUACGAGAUAUUUAGUAUUUUCUAUAUGUAUCUUUACCUGAUUUUGAGAAAUCUAGAUGAACUGAUUUGAGUCCUAUUAUGUUCAUGAUUUAAGCAAGUCCGAAUAAAUAGAUCUAUGAUUAACAGUAUUAUCAUGUUCUAUCACAGUACUCCAGUAUUGCAUAUCUUGUACGCAUUGGUAUAGGGCAGUCAUUUGGGUUCUGAAGAAUUAGUGCUCGUACUUCAUAAGCCAAAUCACCAAUAAAAGGACUAAAAUCAAUGAUGAAAACUUGUUGAAAGCAGGAACUGGAUCAUAUGCAAGGAAGAAAGCUGAACUGAUUAUAUUAGCUGUGCAUAAAAGCAUUGCAUGAGAGAGCUCCAGACAUUAUUAAAGCACCAGUUACCUUCAGGUAUUUUUUGUCUUUGUACUGUGUUUUUGUAAUAUGACUUACUGUGUUAAUGAAACAGCAAUUCAAUUAAA